AUGCCGGGCAGCGCAGUGAGAUUUCUGAGCGAGCUGCCCUUCCCCAGCCGGCUGCCCGUCAAGGAGGAAGCUCCUGGGCCUGGAGGCCGCGGCCGGUCCCAGCUUCUGGAGGCCUCUGGGCCCGGCUGCCAAAGGAGCCCUUUGCGAAUCUUUGCGGCAGGGGUGGGGGCACUGCAGAAGACCCGGGAGGGUGGUGCCGGGACGCAGGCAGGGAAGCGGGAGCCGAGGCAACUGGUGUUCUGGAACCUCUAUGAGGGCUGCGAGCCAGCAGGCGCCAAGCCCCGCAGCAGGAAGCCUCGAGGGCUCCCAGAGCUCCUGGUCGUCAGCACGGCGCUGCUGGCUUGGGCCCAGCCUCGGUGGCCUCACCACUGCAGCACCAUGUCCCACGGACGGGACUCCCCUGCCAGCCUGGACAGCCUCGGCCGAGCCCUGGGCGUCCUGCAGGAGCGCGUCAACAGCUCGCGGCAGCGGGCGCGCAGGCACGCUGCCGACGACGACUACAACAUCGAGGUCCUGCUGGGCGUGGAUGACUCCGUGGUCCAGUUCCACGGGAAGGAGCACGUGCAGAAGUACCUGCUCACGCUCAUGAACAUCGUCAACGAAAUCUAUCACGACGAGUCCUUGGGGGCCCACAUCAACGUCGUCCUGGUGCGCAUCGUCCUGCUGAGCCACGGGAAGUCCAUGAGCCUCAUCGAGAUUGGGAACCCCUCUCAGAGCCUGGAGAACGUCUGCCGCUGGGCCUACCUGCAGCAGAAGCCGGACACCGGCCACGAUGAAUACCACGAUCACGCCAUCUUCCUCACACGGCAGGACUUUGGGCCUUCGGGCAUGCAAGGCUACGCUCCUGUCACCGGGAUGUGCCACCCCGUCCGCAGCUGCACCCUGAACCAUGAGGAUGGCUUCUCCUCGGCGUUCGUGGUAGCCCAUGAGACCGGCCACGUGCUGGGCAUGGAGCAUGACGGGCAGGGCAACCGCUGCGGCGACGAGGUGCGCCUGGGCAGCAUCAUGGCGCCCCUGGUGCAGGCCGCCUUCCACCGCUUCCACUGGUCGCGCUGCAGCCAGCAGGAGCUGAGCCGCUACCUGCACUCCUACGACUGCCUGCGGGACGACCCCUUCGCCCACAACUGGCCGGCGCUGCCCCAGCUCCCCGGGCUGCACUACUCCAUGAACGAGCAGUGCCGCUUCGACUUCGGCCUGGGCUACAUGAUGUGCACUGCAUUCCGGACCUUUGACCCCUGUAAGCAGCUGUGGUGCAGCCACCCUGACAACCCCUACUUUUGCAAGACCAAGAAAGGCCCCCCCCUGGACGGGACCAUGUGUGCACCUGGCAAGCAUUGCUUUAAAGGACACUGCAUCUGGCUGACACCCGACAUGCUCAAACGGGACGGCAGCUGGAGCGCCUGGAGUCCGUUUGGCUCCUGCUCACGCACCUGCGGCACCGGCGUGAAGUUCAGGACCCGCCAGUGCGACAACCCACACCCAGCCAACGGCGGCCGCACCUGCUCGGGCCUUGCCUACGACUUCCAGCUCUGCAACCCGCAGGACUGCCCUGACUCCCUGGCUGACUUCCGCGAGGAGCAGUGCCGCCAGUGGGACCUGUACUUUGAGCAUGGCGAUGCCCAGCACCACUGGCUGCCCCAUGAGCACCGGGAUGCCAAGGAGAGAUGCCACCUGUACUGCAAGUCCAAGGAGACGGGCGAGGUGGUGUCCAUGAAGCGCAUGGUGCACGACGGGACCCGCUGCUCCUACAAGGAUGCCUUCAGCCUCUGCGUGCGUGGAGACUGCAGGAAGGUGGGCUGCGACGGGGUGAUCGGCUCCAGCAAGCAGGAGGACAAGUGUGGCGUGUGCGGAGGGGACAACAGUCACUGCAAAGUGGUCAAGGGCACGUUCACGCGCUCGCCCAAGAAGCACGGUCACAUCAAGAUGUUCGAGAUCCCCGCGGGAGCCCGACACCUGCUCAUCCAGGAGGUAGACGCCACCAGCCACCAUCUGGCCGUCAAGAACCUGGAGACGGGCAAGUUCAUCUUAAACGAAGACAAUGACGUGGACGCCACUUCUAAAUCUUUCAUCGCCAUGGGCGUGGAGUGGGAGUACAGGGACGAGGACGGCCGGGAGACGCUGCAGACCAUGGGCCCCCUCCACGGCACCAUCACCGUCCUGGUUAUCCCAGAAGGAGACGCCCGGAUCUCACUGACGUACAAAUACAUGAUCCACGAGGACUCGCUCAACGUCGAUGACAACAACGUCCUCGAAGAUGACUCUGUGGUCUACGAGUGGGCCCUGAAGAAGUGGUCUCCCUGCUCCAAGCCCUGCGGCGGAGGGUCCCAGUUCACCAAGUACGGUUGCCGCCGGAGGCUGGACCACAAGAUGGUGCACCGAGGCUUCUGCGUCGCCCUCGCGAAGCCCAAAGCCAUCCGCCGGGCAUGCAACCCACAGGAGUGCUCCCAGCCCGUGUGGGUCACGGGCGAGUGGGAGCCGUGCAGUCAGAGCUGCGGGCGGACGGGCGCGCAGGUGCGCUCCGUGCGCUGCGUUCAGCCCAUGCACAACAACGCCACCCGCUCCGUGCACGCCAAGCACUGCAACGACGCCCGGCCUGAGAGCCGCCGGGCCUGCAACCGCCAGCUCUGCCCUGGUCGGUGGCGGGCUGGGCCCUGGUCCCAGUGCUCGGUAACCUGUGGCAACGGCACCCAGGAGAGGCCGGUGCUGUGCCGCACCGCAGACGACAGCUUCGGCAUCUGCCAGGAGGAGAGGCCCGAGACGGCGCGGAUCUGCAGGCUGGGCGCCUGUCCCCGGAACGCCUCCGACCCGUCCAGGAAGAGCUACGUGGUGCAGUGGCUGUCGCGCCCGGACCCCGACUCGCCCGUCCGGAAGAUCUCGUCAAAGAGCCACUGCCAAGGCGACAAGUCGAUAUUCUGUAGGAUGGAAGUCUUGUCUCGCUAUUGCUCCAUCCCAGGCUACAACAAGCUGUGCUGCAAGUCCUGCAACCUGCACGGCAACCUCACCGGCGUGGAGGACGGCGCGGAGCCGCCGCCUGGGAAGCACAACGACAUCGAAGUGUUCAUGCCCACUCUCCCCGGCCCCACCGUGGUGGCGGAGGUGCCGCCUUCGCCAGGCACCCCCCUGGAGGUCCCCCUCAACGCCUCCAGGACCAAUGCCACUGAGGACCACCCGGAAACCAACGCCGUAGAUGUACCCUACAAAAUCCACGGCCUGGAUGAUGAAGUCCAGCCACCCAACCUGAUCCCUCGACGGCCGAGCCCGUAUGAAAAGACCAGAAACCAGAGAAUCCAAGAGCUCAUUGAGGAGAUGCGGAAGAAGGAGCUGCUCGGGAAGUUCUGACGAGACGGACAGAGGCGUCGAUAGCAUUUCCCGGCUUAUACGGACAUUCCAUGGGUAGCACAUCCUGCGUCAUGAAGAUGAAGCCAAAAUUCCUGAUUCCAAAAGGUUUGGAGAAAACAAAGAGGAGAAAUUAUAUUAAAAACGUAGGCGUGGCCACUAGGCUGGCGUGCGUGUUCCCGCAGUGGCGCUGGCGUGGAGUGCAGAGGAGCACGGAGGCACCACGCCUGCCAGGGAGGGCAGGGACGGGGACGAUUCUGGGAGAAGCAAGCUGGCCCGGGUUGCUGAGUGGCCACUGGGAAUCUUCCCGUCCUUCGUGGUGAUGCAGGACAUUUCCCGCCAAUCCCCAGACCAAGCCACUUAGCAACUGACCCGUUGCCAGGAUGAGUACAGCGAAGUGGAGGUCAGGGACUCAGAUGCCAGGUAGGUGACGAGGAUGAGGGCAGUGGCCAGCUGGGGACUGUGGCCAUCCUGAGAGCCACGCCCGUCUAACCCUGAUGGUCGGUUCUGCUUGUUGCUGCCCUGUGACAUCUCUUUCUCUCUUCUCCGCUGCCCCUGGCCUUGCCGGACAGCGCAUUUUCGGAAGUCUAGAUUUGCACAUGAAAAGGUGUGACCUUUAAAGGUCAACUGCACAUGUUUUCAGGGGGUCUGGGAGUCCGUCAGGCUUUAGAUCAUCAGGCUUUAGAUCAUCAGGCUGCCACCUCUGGUCUCAGGCGUGGCCUAAAGCAGUUUUGCAAAUCGAGGACUGGGAGUCACCUGACCCACGCAGUGCUCACGUGCUGCAUUUGAGCGCGCCGACCUGGUCCGUGCCGUGUGGCUGUCCUUCCCGGGGGGCGAUGAGAAUCCUGUAACUGGAGACGCGAGGAUGGACCCAGACGGGCUGUGCCGAGAAGACACGGGGGCGCCGUCCCAGCCUCUGCCUCUCCACCAGCCUGGCCUUGCCGGCGCCCCCCCGGCUCUGCUGGACGAGCCCCUCGUUCUCCUCUGGCAGCCUGGCCCUGGGCGGCCCCAGAGGGCCCUCUCCCUCCCCAACGGCCCCAGAAGCAUGAGGGAGACACGUGCUCUGCUGGGAAGGCCCGGUGAGCGGCCCAAGGCCCAGAAACCCCCUGCCCAGCGAGGCCAGGGCGCUGCCGCCCGCGUGCCAAGCCCGAGGGUUCUGAGUCCUGGGCUUUGUGGGCUCCGCUUGGCUCCCGAAGAGCAGCUUC